AUCGAGUGACGAGCACGUGAUUCAGGAAAAGAGUUGAUGUAGAAUGUUUUAAGAGACAUGUGGUGAGGAGAGGUUACGAGAAAAGAAGUUUAAGUUGUAUAUUAAUGCUUAUUACUGAUACAUGGUUGUUCCUUUGUCUUUCAUGCUUAUAUAAUGUUCAGUGAAACAGAAGUAGAGUUUUAAUUUGUUCGCACAGUUCUGUGGAUGUAUUAUGUGGCAGCAUGACUGGGAUAAAAAAUAUGUUUUUGCUUUCUUUUUGAGGCAUAUGAACGUCGGUUCCCAACGUGUCCACAGAUCCCUGUGUUUAUAGGCUGUGAAAUAUUAUCAGAUUCAACGAGCACAGAUGGAACUCAGAGAGUAACUGAACGUCGUUGCAAGCUCAAUGUGGAAGCACCGUAUUUAUUAAAGAAGAUAAUAGGUGUUGAUUUUGUUUACUUCAUUCAGAAGAAUAUGUUAGACCUCAGAAAUCGAACCCUUAACAUCGAAGCUCGUAACGAAAGCUUUUCUACCCGUGUCGCGGUUAUUGAGAGAUGCAGAUAUUUUGUUCACCCAGAAAAAUCUGACUGGACAUGUUUCGAACAGUCGGCCAGUCUUGACAUCAGGUCUUUCUUUGGAUUUGAGAAUUCCAUGGAAAAGUUAGCUAUGAAACAGUAUUCACAAAAUAUUGCUAAAGGUAAAGAAAUUAUCGAACACUUUGUUAAUGAAUUGAAGAACGAAGGCGUAACAUAUGUACCGCCGUGGUCUGAGCCCAGUGAGGCAAUUCCAAAUGAUGAUAAUGAUGAUCUGAGGGUACAGGGUGAUAUGAGUCAGAGUUCAGGAGAAUUUCCUUUGGGGGCAUCUGCUUCUGAGUACAGUGCCUCUGCUACAGCCAGCAAAACGACACCUCAUCUGUCAUCUGAAUCUCAGUUCCAGUUAGACACCGAUUACAUUCAGCGUUAUCUGGGUGAGCUGAGCCUUUUACAAGAGUCAAGACUAGUUCAGCUUCGAAAAUGGGUGGCAGAUCUUCAAAAGGGCAAGGUUCCCAGUGAUUCGACACUUCUUCGGUUCCUGAGGGCUAGAGAUUUCAAUGUGGAGAAGGCCAGAGAAAUGCUGUCACUGUCACUGAUGUGGCGUAAGAAACAUCAGGUUGAUAAGAUUCUCUCUGAAUAUCAAACACCUCAGGUCGUUAAGGACUACUUUCCAGGCGGUUGGCACCACAGUGACAAAGAUGGACGACCAUUGUACCUGUUGCGACUUGGUCAAAUGGAUGUCAAGGGAUUGCUGAAAGCUAUCGGGGAAGAGGGCCUUCUUCAGCUUACUCUGCAUGUAUGUGAAGAAGGCUUACAAUUGAUGGAAGAAGCUACGAGGACACAAGGAAAACCAAUCUCAACAUGGUCGCUUCUAGUUGAUCUGGAAGGACUUAAUAUGAGGCAUUUGUGGAGGCCCGGUAUAAAGGCUUUGCUGAGGAUAAUUGAGAUUGUAGAAGCCAAUUAUCCCGAGACAAUGGGGAGAGUUCUCAUUAUUCGAGCUCCGAGAGUAUUUCCUAUCCUCUGGACAUUAGUUGGCACAUUCAUCGAUGAGAACACGCGUACCAAGUUCCUGUUCUAUGGUGGCAAUGAUUACCAAGCAAGCGGCGGCCUAGUGGACUACAUCCCGCAGGAAUUUGUUCCGGAUUUCUUGGGUGGAUCAUGCCAGACAAUGGUGUUGGAAGGAGGAUUAGUUCCUAAGGGACUGUACAUGACAGAGGGUGACCUUGAACGGGAAGGAUGUCCGCUAACUGAAGAUAGCAUCUAUCAUUCCGUUAGCUUAGGUCGUGGCCAGGUUCAUGAGGUGUUGGUAUCAAAUAAUGAUCCAGGCAGUGUGAUUACUUGGGAUUUUGAUGUGAUGAGGCAAGAUGUAAUGUUUACUGUGUACCGUACACGUGUUCCCGUGCCUGCUCAGAGCCCAUCAGGUGCUCUUCAGACAAUACAGCAAAUGAAUCCAUUAGCUCCUGAUCCUGAACAUCGCUCUGCCAUAGAAAAGUGUUGGAAGGAAGGGCAAGAUUACUUUCGCGUUGAGACGCCUGUCGUUUGUCAUGACGGAGAGAGCAUUCAGGGUUCACAUGUCACGAGCCAUAUAGGAACAUAUAUUCUGCAGUGGAAAUUCCAUUGUGCUCAUACUCUGGACCUCAUAGAUUCAUUCACGGCCCACAAAGCACAGGUUAUGUAUUACUACGAGAUACUUCGCUCUGCAGACUACAGAGGUUCAAUGUCUAGUCUGCAGUCUGGUAACAGCGCAUUUUCAGCACUGAGCAACCGGUCUGGGGCAAGCUCUUGCCCUUCUAGAUGAUGUAUGGAUCGGUCGCAGACUACCAAAACUGCGCCUGAAUCCUGACAAGCGUUCAGAAACUCUGGAGCAGGAUAAUUGGACGUGAGCGGGUGCUUAUUCUUCCGACGGAGGUGAUUGUUUCAAAUGCUUUAUAGUUGUGUAUGUCUAUUGCCACAUUGAGAAUUUUUGGUGGAGGUUAGUACCUAUUUGCUACAUUAUAAUUCAUUUGGAAUAAUAUUGUAAGAUGGUGCAUUGUUCAUCAGAUGCGUUAUUUUUUUUAUUAAUUUCACAAAAACAUGUAUUUCAAAGAGUGAAUAUUCUGCAGCUGUCUAAAAACUGGAGAUAAAUGCAUCAUUUUUUGUAUCACGGCAGUGUUACAAACUUUGUCUGCUGUUUAGAAUAAUUAUGCUGAAUAUCUUGGUGGAAAUACAAAUUGAAUGGAACUGGACAUUUAUCUCCACGUAAGUGUAAUGUAUAAGAGUUAAAUCAGAGAGCCGCACAUUUACUCUUUCUUUCUUUUCUUCUUCAGGAACACAGUAAAAAUACAGAUCAUGUCCAAUAUGUAAGUGUAUCACUUGUGAAAUCAGCUAAACAAUUCUGUAGUGAACAGACACAUCACAAAAUACUUGACAUACAAACUUCUGAUUUGGAUAAGCAGGGUGAAGUACAAUGUUUGAGAUAAUGUGAAUGGGUGUGAGCGACUGCUGUUAUAGUGAUGGGAUGUAUUUCAAAAACUGAAUAUUUAUUUUUUGCAUUUUAUGCAGUAUUUUUUUUGCAUCGGAAGACUGUAAAUUUGCUUGCAUAGUGAGAUAUAGCUCUAAGUAUCAGUCUGUGUUUUUACAUGUGUCCGCAUAGUUACGUAUCCUAUAUGGACACUUUUAUUAAUUAUAUAUACAUAGUGAUGUAGUACUUUUUGCAGUAGGUUCUAUUUACAGCUGAUCUUAGUAAGAAUCACAUCUCUGCUAUGUAAGGCAUGGUACAUGAAUAUGAGAAGUUAUUUUAUUAAUCACUGUUAGUCUCGGUUCAUAAUCAUGAUCUUCAUUACAUGUUUUAGUUAGGUGAGCAUAAAUACAUUUUAAUUUAUCUACACUUUUGUGUACAGGCCAACCCCUAAAAAUAAAAUGAGUGAUACGUCAACAGAUACCAAUGAGUACUUAUAAAAGUAAUUACAAUAGUAAAAUUUUACCUUUGUUGAUAAUUUUAUAAAGUAUCCGUCAGUCUGUGAUAAAUGUAUAACUAAGUAACGAAUGUCAUGGAACAAAAUCCUUCUUGAGAAGCUCCUAGUUGCUCAGCUAUUCAAUACCCUCCCUUUUAUAUGGCAUAAAGGGUCAUUACUGUGUUCACAGGAGUGUGCCACCAGAUGAAUCCAAUCCACACCUUCCCACCUAUAUCUAGGUCUUUUAAGUGGUCUCUUUCCUUUUGGGCUUUGCAAUGAACAUUUUGUUUGCAUUCCCCAGCUCCAUGCAUGACCUCCUUACUUUGAUCAUCCUAAUAAUAUUUUAUGACAUAUAAGAUAUAUAUAAUUGUAUGUGCUCAAGAGAAAAUUUGUACUUAAGGGAGGAGAAGUGGAACUGGGGUAGCUAAAUCAGUAUAAUGACUGGCCUGGCUACAGAUUGGAUGACCAGGGUUCAGUCCCUUAUGGGGCGGAGGAUUUUUCCUCUAGCCUCUGUGUCCAGACCAGCUCUGGGGCAUGCCCAGCCCCCUGUUCAAUGGGUACCAGGGUCCUUUCCCAGGGGUAAAGCGCAGCCGGGGAGAAAAUUGCAUAAUUUGUUAUUUGUACUGUUCAUCAGAUAUUCCUUUUACUUCAGAAGAUAAAUAUUUAUGUCUGGUGAAACCAUACACAUGAUUUCCAAAUGGAAAUUUUGUGCAGAAAUCAAUUUGUAAGCAGUAAAAAAUAUUUAUAAAGAAAUUAAUUUCCUUCUUCCAUGAAGGAAGAAAGAAAAGGAUGGUGAUUCUUGUAAUGUUGAAAGUUGACAUUGUAUAUGGGAUUUUAAAUUUUCAGUUUUAAUUAAUUCUCCAUUUUGUAUCACAAUAGUAUUUCAUUUAUCCAUUUAGGAUUUUAUUAUACCCUGUCAGCUGUAAAUAUUUGCUUUUGUAUGUUGAAACUUCACUCUGUGGGAAAUUUUACAUUAAUGCGUUUUUAAAAUUCUUUACAUAAAUCAGAAUUUUGAAGUUGAAGUUUCUGUAGCAAAAUCUAACAAGUGUUUCUCUUAACUGGAUAAUAAAAUAAAAAAUUGGCAUAUAUAUUUCAGAGGAAGUUUAGUAAGAUGGUAGAAUUUUUGUUAUGUGUAUGGUAGCAUUGCUUCAGUUUGCCUGCAAAAUGGCCAUGAAUUGUCUUCAACACUGCAGUCCUGCAUUAAUAUGGCCUCAAUGUAAAUAUUCUGCAAAUAUUAAAUAAAUUUUGGAUUUAAUGUUAUCCUUUGCAGGUUCAAGGGAAAUAUAUCAUAUUAAACUUAUGAUAAAUGAUAUAUUUUUAAAGUUAAGUAUAAGUGAGUAUCUGUGUAUGUAAUGAAAUAGAAAGUAGUUCCAUGACAUUUAUUAAAACAUGUGGAUUUAUGUUUAAUUCUAAACACUAAUUUCACUAGAUGUAUUAUAUGAGCCAAUGGGUAACACUAUUAUUUGUUAUGUGUGUGAGAGUACACAGCAUAAAAUACAUAUGACUGGAAGCCAGGUUAUACUGCAUUGUUUACCUACUGAAAUGUGGAUGCAUUUUACAGUCCAUUUGUUUUUGAUGAUACUGUAGCAUAAUUACCUUUUAAGAUAUAACAAUUGAUAGAAAUUAUGGUAGAAGCUGGAGAAUACUGAGAUGAUCUUGGUUUUGUCCCCAUUUUUAUAUGAUUAACAUUUAAACAGAUCUGUUAUGUUUGGAAGACAUUGCUGAGAAUACAUAUAAUGAUUAUUAAUUUUAGGAAGUAUUAAAUUUUCAAAUAUUUUUAAAAUAAGAAAUCACUUUUUAGAGUAAUAUCAAAUGUGUCACUAAUCAGAAGUCAGCAAUGUUCACAGUACAUUUUUACACUUAGAUGUGGAUAAUUCAGUUCAUUUCUAUAAUAAAGAUAAUGAAGAUGUAUGUAGGCAACUUAGAAUUGAUACUCUAACCUCAAAACAUGGAAUGAAAUGUAGUGUAGUGAGGAAAAGAUCAUUAUGACUAAGUUGUAAGCAUACAUCAUAUUUAAAUAAGAAAUUUUAAAUACUUUACACAUGUCCUCUACAAUCCAGCCAUUAUGUGGUAUGUCAAUUAUGUAGUACAAAUUAUUAACACACUUAUAAUAUUUUUUUUUAAAAAAAAGAGUUAUCUCUUCUUUGUGAGAAGUAGUUUGGUCAGGUAAAGUUAAGUUUCAUUUUUAAGGCAAAUAAAACAGAAAUUAAAUUUAAGUAAUUGAAUCUGAAUUUAAAUAGUAUGUAUAUGAUGCAGACAUAAUUAUAAUCAAGACAGGGUUGUUUUCUGCACGUUAUUGAUGUGGAUAUAGAAAAUUUGAAGGAAUGUAACCUAUAAGAAUAGUGUAGUAAUAUUUCUUCAUUUGUUGCACACAGGCAUUAAGAAAAAGGAAACUACCGUAAGUAAGAUGUCUGUAUCUAGUAAACUUAUUAUAAUUUUGGUUGGACUGGUUUUUAUGUAUUGUGCUUUGAGGUUCUCACAACAAUGAGAAAGUGAAUUGUUUCCAUCUUCACAACAGAUGGAGAUGAUGCAUUACUUUGAAAUGUUAGUUGACCACGUAGAAGAAAUUAUUGACCAAAACACCAAAAUUCACAUUAUGACAGAUGGGUAAAUCUGAUAAGGUGAUAGUAUAAAAAUUUCACAGAAAAUAAGUGCUUGAAAUGAAAGCCUAGGCACAUCGUCAGAAAAGCACUAGACAUUUUAUUUAUUAACUCGUUAUGAUAGUCUCCUUUUUGUCGUAUGUUACUAUCUUGAUUAAACCUUAUAGUCUGUAUAUAAAUUACCUAUAGCUUGAUAGUGAUAUAGAGACAAGCUGUUUCUCAUCACAUGUCAGAAAUCGGACCCAAAGGAGGGGUUUUGCCCCAAGUAUAGUCUUCUGCACAUACAGUCUCAGAGUUAUGGCCUGUACAUUGUCAUGAGAAUGCAAAAUUUAAAAAUAGGAAUCUCAUACCUGCAAGACUGUUUAAUCUCCCACAUUAGAACAGGUAUCAUUUCUGCAAAUUUACUUCGAAUUGUGUAAAACUGACAAAGGAAUAAGUCUGCCAUUUAUUUUGGGGAAACAAGACAUGUUUUUGACCAGAUAAUGUGAGAUACAAAGUUGGUGAAGCUUUGUGGUUCCUCAGGAAAAAAAAGGAUAUUUAUUAUAGAAUUGUAAAGGUAAAUUGAAGUUAAAGGUGUUAUGUUUAAGCUAUUGACUAUACAUUAGUGCAUAAGUGAACUAUUAUUCAUAAAGUAUGAAAAUGUAAACACAUAAUUCUGGCUGGGCCUGAGAAUAGUAGAUCUUAUAGAUACAUAAAUGGUACAAAAAUAGUGGUAGAGUUUAUGUGAGCUAUUUUUUAACAAGACAUAAUUUAAAUGUGUAUUUAUAAAUAGGUAUAGUGUGUGCUGCCAUUUGUAUACAUAUAAACAAGCUUGUACUACUUGAA